GGUAGGGUGCCAUUGGCAGCUCAGCUCUACUGCGACUGUGUCAGUAAGAGACUGAGAGCCAGGGAAAGAGGCAAAGUUCCAAAUCUCACUUGCAUCCCGCUGGCCCUGCCAUCUCAACCUCCCCAAGUGCACGGCCGCUUGCAGAGUUAUUCGACCACCUUAAUGGGCUGCCUAGGCCUACUAGGUCAUCUUCUUGUCGCCCUGCCGCACCCCCUAGCUAGCGGGCGCAACAGCGCCAAGGAUCAUGACCUUGCCCGCUGGACACCAUCUCGUUGCCUACGAGUUUUGAUGGGGGAUCCAUUAACACAGCUUUUGAUGCUGCUAUUCCCAUUGGGGAAGUGUUUUUCGAUAUGGAGUGCUCGAUUCGAGUAA